AUGGGCAAACGGGUUGCUACGGAGGAGGCGCCUCGUGCGUCUCCAGCAAAGAGGAUGAAUCUUCGUGGCAUUCAAGUCUCUUAUGCCUUUGACGAUGACGAUGAGGAUUAUGCCCCAAGUGAAAGCCCAAGAUUGUCAGAAAGCCCAGAAUUCUCAGAAAGCCCAGAAAGCCCAGAUUCAAGUGCAGAGGUCGAGUCAACCGUCACUGCUGCGACAACUCCCCGCACGAAAUUUCCAUCAGAUUAUAAGACAUUGGCCUGCUCCUGGCCAGGAUGCACAAAGAGUUUCAACCGUCCGGCUCGAUUGAGAGACCAUAUGAACUCUCAUACCAACUCACGACCUCAUAAAUGCCCCUACGAUGACUGCGACAAAGACUACAUCGAAGAUAAGCAUCUGAAACAGCACAUCAAGGCCGUUCAUACAAAUGACCGCAAAUACGUCUGCCAGAGAGAGGGCUGCGGAAAGACCUUUGUAACAGGCACGAGGCUAAAGCGUCAUCAGCUAGUCCACGAGGGAGCAGAUAGAUUCCGUUGUCAAGACUGCGGCCAAAGCUUCAGAAAGAGAGAGACACUCCACAAGCAUGUACGGAAGGAGCACCAAGGCUUACCACCACAUCAAUGCCCAGAGCCGACAUGCUCAGCGGCCUUCGACUCCAAGGGAUCGCUCAAUCGGCAUCGGGAGAGGGAGCACGGCCCGCUCAAGUAUUGGUGCAUGGAGUGCCCGCCUCAAAUGCGAGAAGACGGCACCAUGCACCGAGUGGGAUUUACAACAGAUCCACAACUGCAGUCGCAUAUGCGCCAAGAGCAUCAAAACUGCAUGUUCUGCGAUUACAAGUCAAGCUCGCUAUGGGAGCUGGAAACGCACAUCGAAAUUCACCAUUCCGGAAAGACGGUCCAGGACCGCAAGACAGUGGCCUGCCCUCACGCUGGCUGCGACAAGAAAUUCACAAAGAAGUCGAACCUCAACGUCCACAUUCGCACAGCACACGAAGGAUUCCGCUUCGUCUGUGGCGAGGUCGACCUGAGCGGCCCGGGCCUCGAAGCCUGGACCAACGAUCAAGGCUGCGGCGAUAAAUUCAGCACCAAGGUCCGAUUGGAAGACCACAUUCGCUUCAUUCAUUUAGGUCAAGAGCGGCCCAAGCUUACCAAGACGGAUAAGUCUGCUCCAAUGGACCUCAUUGACGAGAUAUCCGGGGUUACAAACGUCAAGAAACAGACCAUCCGCUGUCCCCAGUGCACGGAGAGCUUCAUUCGUUACUUUGAUCUGAAUGCUCACAUUGCAAUUGUGCACGACCCGAAGCCCGUCGUCGACGAUGCAGCUCCGUUUCCAAACCCGCCCAUCUUUAGUGAAGCCAACGGGAAUGCUCUCGAGCAGCCUGCUUGGUCGGAGGACUUUUCUCAAGACGGCGUCUUCCCCCCGCAAAUGACGUUUGAUGUAGGACAGGAUGGAUGGGUAGAGGGUGACGAGACUCUAUUGAUGCUGGCUCGUGGGGAGGCAGGUCUGGAUGGUACUACUAUUGACCCUACACUGGGAGGCUUGUAG